CGGCAGAGCUCGCGGAGUAACCUCGGCGCCGCGGACGGUCCGGACGAGGCGCACGGGAACAAGGUCGUUCCCGAGGUGGAGGAGACGGCGCAGUCGCGGAGCAUCAGCAAGAUCAUAAAGACGCUUCCGUUGAAGUCGUGCUAUGUGUUCACGCUCGAAAACCCGAUUCGUCGGCGGCUGAUUCGCGUGGUGUACAGCAAGUCGUUCGAUCGGGUCAUCAUGUUGACGAUCAUGCUGAACUGCGUGUUCCUCGCGAUGGACAGCAACGCGCCGGACUUCGACGAGACGGACCGAGGGAAAGCCGUGAACGUCGGCGAGUACGUCUUCCUCGCGGUCUUCGGCGUGGAGAUGCUGAUGAAGAUCGUCGCGAUGGGGUUCGUGUACGGAGAGAAUUCCUACCUUCGAGACGCGUGGAAUCGAUUAGAUUUCGCCGUCGUGAUACUCGGCGUGAUGAGCACGUUGAACCUGGGGAAUUUCAGCGCGCUGCGCACGGUCAGGGUGUUGCGUCCGCUGCGAUCGAUCACGAUCAUCCCGUCCAUGCGCAAUCUAGUCGUGACGCUGUUGAAGAGCAUGCCGUUGCUGUUGGACGUCUGCGUGCUCGUCGGAUUUCUGUUUUUCCUCUUCGGCCUCGUCGGCGUCCAGCUGUUCGCGGGGACGCUAGACUACCGAUGCGCGACGCUGGACAACCCGAACGCCGGGUGCUCGCUGUGCGGCACGCGCGGCGACGCGACCGUCUUCGCGGGCUGCGACGACGGCUGCACGCUGCCGAGCUCGCCGCGGUGGACGGUGGACGACGACUUGGUGUGCGGCGGCCCGCGCGUCUCCGCGUACCCGGAGCGCGGCGGAACGCCCGCGGGGUUCAUGUGCCCGGAGGGGUCGUACUGCCUCGAGCAGGACUCGCCGAACUUUGGGAUCACGAACUUCGAUCACAUCUUGUACGCGUGGCUGACGAUCUUUCAGUGCAUAUCGUUGGAGGGGUGGACGGACGUCAUGUACUAUCUGCAGGCGGCGGUGAGCCCGUGGGUGUGGAUCUACUUCGUGAUCCUCAUCGUGCUCGGGAGCUUCUUCGCGGUGAACUUAGCGCUCGCGGUGUUAUACGUCGCGUUCGUCACGGAGCGCGAGGACAACGAGGAGCGCGAGGAGAGGGCGGAGGAAGCCGCGGAGCAGAAGAGGAAGGACGCGGGAGAGGGGCCGCCGCCGAGAGAGCCGACGGAUCUCAAGGUGAAGUACAGCAGCGAGCACGAGUUCCAGAAGGCGACGCUGCUCGAGAUCGACGACAUGGUAGCACAGGCGAGAGGAGGCGGCGGCGCGAGCGGCGGCGGCACGCCGGGCCGCGGCGGCGGCGAUAAGAGGGCGUCACCGAGCGCGGGGAAUCAGAUGAGCCGGGCGUUCAUCGACGGCGGCACGACGGGAACGCAGGCGGUGGCGACGGGCAGCGCGAAGGUCAUGCCGCUGAUGCCGAUGAUCACGGAGGGAGCGAACGACCCGAGCGCGCCGUGGGUCGCCGCCGGGUUCGAUAACGUGCACGCGUGGUGCGACGCGAACGACGCGGAGAUCGAGGACGUGCAGCUGGUGGAGGGGAGAAUCGUCAUCGUGCCGCCGACGCGGUACCGAAAGUUUCAGAGGAAAUGCCGGCGGCUGGCGGUGUCGCACGCGUUCGCGACGGUGACGAUGAUCAUCAUCCUCGUGAACACGUGCCUGAUGGCGUCCGAGUUUUACGGCCAGCCCGGCGACAUGACGACGGCGUACGAGAUCAUCAACUACCUCUUCACCGCCUACUUCGUCGGCGAGAUGUUCAUCAAGGUUGUGGGCUUAACCCCGCGCGGCUACGUCGCGGACCGGUUCAACGUCUUCGACGGCACCGUGGUGAUCAUAUCCAUCAUAGAGAUCGCCGCGAGCUCGGGGAGCGGCGGGUCGCUGUCCGUGCUGCGGUCGGCGCGUCUGUUGCGCAUCUUAAAGCUCGCGCGGUCGUGGCCGCAGCUUCGGAACAUCAUCGAGACGAUCAUGGAGUCGCUCCCGUCGAUGUCGUCGCUCUCCGGCAUUCUCGCGUUGUUCAUAUUCGUCUUCGAUCUUCUCGGCAUGCAGAUAUUCGGGUUCGAGUUUCAGUUUUGCGACUCGUACGGCGUCGACGACGCGGCGCCGACGUGCCCCAUCACGCUGGGAAAGAGCUGUCCGGAUUACUACGACUGUUACGUCGCGUGCACGGCGGCGCAGGCGAACGCGUGGGUGAAGUUCCCCAGCGGCGCGCAGGGGCCGUGCGCGUCGUACGGCGCGGACGGACACUUGGUGCGCCUGGGCGAGUGCGACGUCCCGAGGCAUAACUUCGACACGUUCUACUGGGCGUUCGUUACCAUCUUCCAGGUGCUCACGGGAGAGAACUGGAACACGGUGAUGUACGACGGGAUGCGGUCGACGGACUCCGCCGCGGUUUUGUACUUCCUCGCGCUGACGAUUUUUGGCAACUACGUCGUCUUGAACCUCUUCCUCGCCAUCUUGCUCGAUAACUUCAGCGGCAUCGGCGACAAAGAAGAAGCGGAGAAGGAGGCGCGCGCGAAACGGAAAGAAGAAGAGGCGGCGGCGGAGAAAGAGCGACUGUAUCAGAGGAACCGCAACCCGCAGUUGCACUCCCGCAGCGACCCAGGGGGGUCGCCGCUCGAACGCGUGGACAGCGACGCGAGCAGCGGAUCGACCAACAGCUCGAGCCGGAGCCGGAGCUCGCGGUUUCGGUCGUUUCGGGAGUGGAAAGAGUCGCUCGAGCGGAAGUGGGACAGCGCGAUGGAGUGGUACGGCUCGAAGCGAGAGAAGGUCAUCCCGAAGAAAGGGACCAGAGCGCACGAGCUGCACGCGAGGCUGCAUUUCGUCGUGACGCACAAGUACUUUGAGAACGCGAUCAUCUUCCUCAUCGUGCUGUCCUCGGCGUUGCUCGCGGUGGACUCGCCGAAGGUUACCUCGGGGAGCCAGCUCGAGGCGUGGCUCGAGGCGCUGGACAUCGUCAUCAUCGGUUUGAUUUCUUUGAUUUUGACGCAGACGAAGUCUGGCGAUGGGAAGAGCGCGGCGGGGAUUAGAGCGCUGCGCGCGUUCCGCGCGCUGCGGCCGCUGCGCGUCGCCGCGAGGAACGAGGGCAUGAAGGUGGUCGUCGCCGCGCUGUUUCAAGCCGUCCCCGCGAUCGCGAACGUCGCGCUCGUGUGCCUCGUCUUUUACCUCAUCUUCGGCAUUCUCGGGUUGAACCUGUUCAUCGGUAAGUUGCAUCGCUGCGAGGAGAUAAACACGGACACCGCGGUGACUCCCGCGCUCAUCGGCGUCGACGACUCGCGGCUCACGAGGGAAUGGUGCAAGGCGUCCUGGCACGUGCACGGGUGCCUCUCCGACUCGAGGGCGAACUUUUACAGCUCGGGCGACAGCGGCGUCGGGUGGACGUGCGUCGAGACCACGCCGGCGACGUCGUACAUCAACGCGGCGGAAAACAGAGAAGAAAAGUACGGCCACGUGUGGACGUGCACGGCGUCGUCGGACACGAAAGCGGUCCUGAGCGGCGGGUACGGCGUUAGGGGGUAUAACUCCCCAGCCUCGGCAAUUUCGACGAAGGGGGUGGUGGGCUUCGCCCCGGAUGCCUCUUCGACGACGGCGCUGCACGCGGUGAUCACCUCCGGGACGUUCACGUCGUUGUGCGAGCCGACGUUCAUGGACACGGUGUGGAAGAACCCGGACUCGUACUCGUACGAUAACAUCGGUGCGUCCAUGCUCGCGUUGUUCGAGAUCGCGACGCUCGAGAUGUGGCUGGACAUCAUGUAUCACAGCGUGGACGCUGUGGACGAGGACCAUCACCCGCGGACGAAUUACAACGAGCCCGCGGCGCUGUUUUACGUCGUCUUCAUCAUCGUCGGGUCGUUCUUCGUGAUGAACUUAUUCGUCGGGGUGACGAUCGAUAAGUUCAACGAGAUGAAGGAUGAAAACGAGAAGAAGGGCAUCGAACCCGGAGCGACGCUUUUCGUGACGGAGGAACAGCGGAAGUGGCAGCGAGUCGAGAAGAUGAUGGCGGGGAUCAAGCCGAAGAAAUUUUACGACAUCCCGGCGAACAGGUUCCGCAAUGCGGCGUACGGCAUCGUGACGCACGAUAAGUUUGACCUCGUCGUCAUGGGCUUGAUCGCGGCGAACAUCGUCGUGAUGUCGAUGAACCACGCGGACGAGACGGAGGAGUACUCGAAGGGAUUGUUUUGGACAAACUUUUGCUUCACCGUCGUGUUCUUCCUGGAGAUUUGCCUGAAGGUGAUGGGCAUGGGGUUCAAGGCAUACAUCACGGAAAAAUGGAACCGCUUCGACUUCGUCGUCGUCGCCAUCUCCAUCAUCGGCUUCGUGAUCACCAUGUCGUCGGACGUGAAGACGUCGUAUCUGUCCCUGCUGCGCGUGUUUCGCAUCGCGCGCGUGUUGCGUCUCAUCAAACGCGCGAAGGGCCUGCGCGCGUUGCUGCAGACGCUCAUCUUCUCGCUCCCGGCGCUCGUAAACGUCGGGAGCGUUCUGUUCCUGUUCUUCUUCAUCUUCGCCGUCAUGGGCAUGAACCUGUUCGGGUACAUCAAACGGCAGGAAUUCAUCACCAACUUUGCGAAUUUCGAGGACUUCCCCAACUCGAUGCUCUUGCUGUUCCGAAUGUCCACGGGGGAAUCGUGGAACGGCAUCAUGCACGACUGCAUGAUCGAAGAUUUGUGCGUCGAGAUUCUCACCGGGUCCGACGCCGGGACGUACUACGACUCGGGCGACUCGCGGCUGAGCUCGAUGACGGCGAACACGGAUUACGUCGACCGAUGCACGCCCAGUCCGGAGCUCACGAUUUUCUUCUUUUUGUUGUUCAUCCUGAUGUGCGCGUUCGUCAUGCUCAACCUCGUCAUCGCGGUGAUCUUGGACAACUUCGAGUCGUACUCGCAAAAGGAAGAGCUCCCCGUGAGCGAAGAAGACCUCGCCUCGUUCUCCGCCGCGUGGGGUAAGUUUGACCGCGGCCACACGUACUACAUGGCGAUGUCGGAGCUUCCGGACCUCAUGAAGGAGCUGAAGCGGCCGCUGGGCGUCGCCGACGUUACCCCGCUCUCGCAGCAGAAGAAGGCGUUGAAGAACAAGCUCCUGAGCACGCACGUGAAGAACUUCCAAGGACGCAUUCACUUCGUGGACACGAUUCAGGCGCUCGCGGCGAGGGUCGACGGCAUCGACCGACCGAAGCCGAAGGGCCUGAAGGAGCCGAACCUUCAGGAGUGGAAGUUUGGCAAAAAGAACGACGAGUCGGAUCCGUUCAAGAGCUUCGACCUGUUCUCGUCGCAUUACUACGCGGCGAUGAUGUUCCAGGCUGUGUGGCGAGGGUUCAUCGCGCGGAAGAAGGCGAACGUUCGACGGAUGAAGGCUGUCAGCGUCCCGAAGAAGAAGACGAGCGGCGGCGGACGGUUCAACAUCUUCAAGAAGAAGGACGGCAAGUCGAGCAAGAACAAGUCCAACCUCGGCGUGGACUCGGGCGGCUCCGGCUCCGGCGACGGCAGCGGGUCCAACACCCCGAACGCGACCCCGAGCGCGAUCGUCCUCGACGCCGACGACGACGCGGAGCUCGACGCGCUGCAGCGCGAGGCGAAGGCGCAGAUCGAAGCGCUGAAGAAGCUCUCCGAGGGGGAGGGGGGCUCGGGCUCGGGCUCGGCGUCGGCGGGCGACUCCCCGAGCGCGCCCGCGGGAGACUCGGAGAUCCAAGAGACGACGACGGCGGCGGAGCCGAAAGCGCUGACGAUCGAGGAAGAGCGCGCGAUCGCGCUCGGGAAGGAGCAAGAGGAGCUGACGAAGAAGGAGGACAUGGAGCAGGCGCAGUUCAAGGCGAAGAUUUUUAUCGCCGGCAUAGGGAAGGGCGCCGCGGACAAGAACGAGUUGAUGCAGGCGCUGGCGCAAGCGGCGAGUCCCGACCCCGCCGCGCCCAAGCCCGAGGAGCCCGAGGAGCGAGAGGUGAGGCAUCACCGUCCGAGGAUGCGGAUGAUGAUGUAG